AUUUGACAUUAUUUGGGGACAAAAGGGGAAUAAAAGCAAAACCAUAAAAAAGUAAACGGUUGAAUUUAAUUGUUGGAUUAGGAAGGAGUGGUGAGGUUGUCACAAUGGCUCCGAAGGACACCGUUUUACCUCUCCAUCAUCAUGGAUUCUGAGAACGACAUCCUGUCCAAGGAGUAUCUCAAGAUGAUGACGGACAUGAUCGUGCUGUGCGCCACGUUGGCGCUGUCCCUCUUCUUCUGGAUCGUCUCACUCACCAUGAGCGCCGUCUCUGGGAACCUGCAGCCGGUUUCACCGUGGCGCUGGCUGUUCUCCAUUCUGGUUCCCCUCACGCUGACGGGUCGAGCCCUAAAGAGACGCAGUCUGGACCGGUCCGGAGCUCUCGGAGCUCUGCUGGUGGGCUUCGUGUUGACCAUGGCCAACCUGAGCUUCUUCUCGGCCCUGCUGGCCUUCUUCAUCACCUCCAGCAGGCUGACGCGAUGGGGCGCGGAGAAGAAGAAGAAGAUAGACGCCGACUACAAAGAAGGGGGCCAGAGGAACUGGGUCCAGGUGUUCUGUAACGGAGGAGUUCCCACCGAGCUGGCUCUGCUCUACAUGAUCGAGGUGGGUCCCGGUGAGAUCCCCAUCGACUUCGGGAAGCAGUACUCGGCCUCCUGGAUGUGCCUGUCUCUGCUGGGCGCGCUGGCCUGCAGCAACGGAGACACCUGGGCGUCAGAGGUGGGGCCCGUCCUCAGCCAAUCAAAGCCCAGACUCAUCAGCACCUGGAAGGAAGUCCCAACAGGAACCAACGGUGGCGUCACUCCUGUGGGACUGGUGGCCAGCUUCCUCGGCGGCGCGGCGGUGGGCGGGGCUUACUUCGUCACGCAGCUCCUGACGGUUGGCGACCUGCACCUGGCCGACCCCCAGUGGCCCCUGGUGGUGUACGGCGGCGUGGCCGGGCUGCUGGGCUCCAUGCUGGACUCCUUCCUGGGCGCUCACAUGCAGUAUUCAGGCUUCGACUCGAGCAUCGGGAAGGUGGUGAGCUACGAGUCGGCCACCACCCGGAGGAUCUGCGGGAAGCCCAUCCUGGACAACAACGCCGUGAACCUGUUCUCCUCCGUGCUCGUCGCCCUCUUCCUGCCUGGGCUGGCGUGGGGGGUGUGGCCCCGAUAGGCGUCGAGGACCGUGGUUCUGAUCACAAACGCACCUGGACAGGUGAACCGUGGCUCCAGCAUCAUCAGCCGUUUGAAGAGUUUAACACGUGUGGUAAUAAUUAUGCAUUCCUACAACCCGCAGAGAAACUGCAUUAAUUCACAUUUUACAAAC